AACAGGAUACGUUCAGUCUUUCUAGCACAAAUACGCGUAAUACACGCAGGCAUCAAAAGGAUAGUUUAACUCGUGUUUAAUUAAUAUGAUCGAUGGGCGAGCCACGGCGCCCCGUGAAUUGCAAUGUGUAUAGUACCGCUAUACAAAUUUAAAUUCAAUCUCGACCGCCAGCGGUCAGUGAAAAUGUGUGAGUACUCGUUGACGGUUCACCAAUUAGUACUAGCCUAACCGGAAAAUGAGCGCUCUAACUCUGGAGUUUAGUAAAGUUUUGCUCGGCAUGUGGAAAAUAGUUUGCCCGGUAAAUUCUGGCGUGUGAGCGUUGCGGGAAUGAUUCUGUUGCUGCUCUUUUGUGCAGUGUCGGCGAUUCAAUGGGACGCGCCGUCGCCCUAUGACCCUGUGUGGCUGGCCAGCGUGGAGCAAUUUGGCUCUGUGCCCUCCCUAAAUGAGACUAGGUUCUGGUUUUGGGGAUGGAGUUGGAGUUGGUUUAAGGAAGAAGAUGUGCAGUUCAAGCUCUUUACUAGGCGUAACCCUUACGAGUUCCAAGUUCUGAAGACUAACGAUUCAUUAUCUUUAUGGGACUCUAAUUUCGACUUUAAUAACAAAGUUAAAGUUCUCGCCCACGGAUGGCUUAACAACGCCGAUGGUCCUAUGCCAGAAUCGAUUAAAGAAGCAUAUCUCAACAUAAGCGACUUGAACAUUAUAGUGGUGGAUUGGGGCAACGCGGCCAACGUGAACUACGUCUUGGCUAGCUACAACGUUGCCAUGGUGGGGCGCCUGCUGACUGAGUUUCUGAAUUUUCUCAUCGAAGAGGGGGUGUCCAUGGACGACGUGCAUCUCAUCGGGCACAGUCUCGGGGCUCAUGUUGUUGGCAUCGCGGGCGAUCACGUCAAAUAUGGACCUGUAGAUACGAUUACAGGUCUAGAUCCUGCGAAGCCGUUGUUCUCGCUGAGUAACAAAGACGCGCGCUUGGACAAGCACGACGCGCGACACGUCGAGGUCAUCCACACUUGCGGCGGUUAUUUGGGAUUUUCCGACCCUUUGGGGCACAUCGACUUCUACCCGAACGGUGGCACGCGGCAGCCGGGCUGCGGGUUUGAUUAUAGAGGUCUAUGUGCCCACAAUCGGGCGCACAUGUAUUUCGCGGAAUCCAUCAUAUCCGACGUCCCAUUCACGGCGGUCCGGUGCCGCGAUUACGACGAGCUCUACUACAACGGUUCGUGCGAGGGCACCGGCGAGACCCUCAUCAUGGGAGGCUUCGACAUACACUACGGGAAAGAUGGAAUUUACUACCUCAAGACCAACGCAGAAAAACCCUACGCUCUCGGGGAACCGACGUGAAAUACGAUAAAAUACUAAUUCUUUGCUUUGCCAACUUCGCCUAUAAAUUAUAUUUUCAUGAGAAUUAUUGCAAGGUGCCGUUUUACAUAAUUUUGUCAGGUGACAAGCAAAACUCACUAAUUACAUGUUCAUAGGCAUUAUGAACCAUAUUACUAGUAAUUAGUGAGUUUUGAUUGUCAUUUGACGAUUUGUUAGCGACAGGAGCUGGGACGUCAGGACGUGCCUAAACGAAAAGGUAUAUGUUAUGUGAUUUCUACCAAGACACGACCAGGAAAAUUUAAUCUUGUAUGAAGCGGCAGUUGCUCAAUGACACUACUUGAAGCUCAUCACAUGACUCAUAACUCUGGGAUGGUUUUUUAUAUAAUGUAAAAUCUGAUAUACGUGGACUGAUAUUUUUAUACAAAUAUAAUUUUCAGUGUUACCUUGUUUUUAUCUCAAGGUAUCACGAGAGUGAAAAUCCCACUUACCAAUGUAUUUUUGUUGUAUAAGUUAUGUUGGUACAAGCAAGAUCCGAUGUAACUUAUUCAUUCAACUUCAAAAGAAAAAGUUUUUAUAACGCCUGUAAAAACAAGUGUAAAUUAUGUAAGAAAACUAACUCAUUGUAGAAAAAAAAUUACCUACUUAGCCUAAUAUUGUUUUUUUUUUUCAUUAAAAACUUUGCGAAAUACCUAUACUUAGUAAUAUUAAAUAUAGACAAGAGUAUUUUUAAGCAUUUUUACGCCUUAUAGCUAGUAUAUUAAGGCUGUCUAAAAGUAAAUGUAUAUUUAAUUCGGGACCCCGCCGUUCCACUGGUUUUUGGGAACCAGUUGUAGGAUAAGCCGCGCUGUAUCCUGAAAUUAGAUAGUAUCGACAAAUAAGUCAUCAUUAUAUGUUGCAGCUCAAACAACAAUUUUGUGUUGGUGCUCGGAGUUCUACACACUUUUUUUUUUUUAUAUUUUUUUUUUUGUAAAAUAAAUAUUAUAGGACAUUAUUACAUAAAUUGACUAAGUCCCGCAGUAAGCUCAAUAAGGCUUGUGUUGAGGGUACUUAGACAACGAUAUAUAUAAUAUAUAAAUAUCUAUAAGGACCAUCAGCUUCGUAGGCAGGGUCACUACCCACUAGGCCAAACCGGUCGUCAAAAAUGUUUAUGUGUGUACUUAUCUCACUAUCCAUUAUGAUUUUGUUUGCUUGGUGCCAUAUAUACAUACAUAUAUAUACAUAAAAAAAUAAGUAAGCUUGGAGUCCUCAUGCACUCAGGUAUGUUAAAACUUAUUAUUAAUACGUUUUACACUCGCUUAAAACUUCAUAGUUAUCAAACUAAAAUUUUAACACAAAUAAGUUUUCGAAGAGCUCGCUUAAGACCUUUAGACUUGUUAUAAAUGGGGUUUUAUCUAUGUAUGGAAGGAGCACUCAAAGCUUAUUUUUUUCUCUAUGGUGCCUGUGACACUUGAAUUUUGGCUCUUAUGCGUUUCACACACCUCUUAAUUUAGUAAGUGCCGACAGGGAGGCAGCUAUACGUCAGACACGGUAGAGAUAUUUGCAUCUCACUUCUACGUAUUGCUGUAUAUACCGCGUGUUUCCUGUAACUCGAGCAAAUAAUUAAACCAUAUAUUGUACUCCUAAAACGAUAUAACUUUUGAUUAACAACUUUUUAAAAUUAUGAAUCCUUAAGAUUUUAUCUUUUUCAUACAAGUUAAAUAUUAUUUUCAAUGUACGCUGACAUCAGUGUGUUUGACGUUGCUUGUCAAGUUGUCACGCUUUAAACGUAACAAAAUUCGCAAUACAUUGCGUCUUAGAAUUAACUUGAAUGUGUAAUAAAAAUUAAAACAUAAGUUAUUUUUAAAAGUUGCUGAACAAAUGUUGGUGAGUUUGAGGAGUACACCCUACAGUUUAAUUUGUUGCUCGUGUUACAGGAAACACCCGGUAUAAGCUAUAAGAUACAUUGAUUGAGCAAGAUGCGUAAAAUCUAAGACAAUUUCGUGUUUCGGAUUUGACAGGUAAACGAGAUGGCGCUGUACAGCUCCAUACAUUUUUCGGUAACUCAAUUGUCAAAAGUUGACGUUUGACAAUUCAGUGACCGCAAAACAUAUGGCGCAGUACAGCGCCAUUUGUUUUGGAUGUCAAACUAAGGGGCACGUUUUUUUCUUAGACUUUACCUCUCUACUACAAUAAAUUCUCUUUGAUAUAAGUAAGGUGUGUGAAGCGCUUUAGAUCUUGCUAGAAUUUUGGGAUUUGUUAUUGUAACAAAUUAUACUUAGAUGUUAUCAUUUGUACUAAGCUAGAAUAAAAUAAGAUAGUAGUUCCUAUGUUAUAGAUUUUUAUUAUCUUGUAAAGUCAUAGCCGUCAUAGGCGAUUGGUUAAAUAAUAUUAGGGGACAACCAGAAACACUUUGUCUUAUUCAAAAGUAAAUUCAACUUGUGGUAUAGUUAAAACAAAAGAACUUGCGUAAUACAUACAUGGGUUAACACACCAUUUAGAUUUACGUUUGUGGAGACGGUCAAAGUUAAGAGCUAUAAAGUUUGAUUUUCUGAUUGGAUUUGCAUUAAUUCUGAGAUAAAAUUAUCACUUAAAAUAUAUGCACACUAACGAAAGCCCACAGGAAAGAGAACUUGUAAAAUCUGUGUACUUUUGACCCACAAAAAUAUCGAUAGCGUUUAAGACCCACGUAAUAAUACCUACUGAUACUUGCUCAUUUUAUACAAGGUAGAAUUAUAUUUAUUUUUAAGUCAAAAUGUUAAUUAAUAGAAAACAACAAG